CAGUCUGACAGUGACAGCGCUAGCACCGAGCUGUCAAAUUAGCCGCGCUUUGCUAACAGGGAGCUACCCGGCUUAUUUGAGACCUGAGAAGCACACAUCCCGGACUGAGGCUGUUAACAUGAAUUCAUACAGGGCACUGAUGAAGAUGGACUCGGAGCUGCACUCGCCGGCGCUGACUCUGGCUGAGGAAGAGGAGGCCGAUAUGAACGACUGGAAACUGCCACUGGCGUUCAUGAAGAAGAGGCAUUCGGAGAAGAUUGAAGGCUCCAAGGCUCUGGCCCAAAGCUGGAGAAUGAAGGACCGGAUGAAGACAGUGAGUGUAGCACUGGUGCUUUGCCUCAACGUCGGGGUGGACCCUCCUGAUGUGGUCAAGACCUCCCCCUGCGCCCGACUCGAGUGCUGGAUUGAUCCCCUGUCGAUGAGUCCGCAGAAAGCCCUGGAGACCAUCGGGGCAAACCUCCAGAAGCAAUAUGAAAACUGGCAGCCGCGGGCGCGGUACAAGCAGAGCCUGGACCCCACGGUGGACGAGGUGAAGAAGCUCUGCACGUCUUUGAGGAGAAACGCCAAAGAGGAGCGAGUACUAUUCCACUACAACGGCCACGGUGUCCCCCGGCCCACCGUCAACGGAGAGAUCUGGGUUUUUAACAAGAACUACACCCAGUACAUCCCUCUGUCCAUCUAUGACCUGCAGACGUGGAUGGGCAGCCCUUCCAUCUUUGUUUAUGACUGCUCCAACGCCGGCAUCAUUGUCAAGUCCUUCAAGCAGUUUGCCCUCCAAAGAGAACAGGAGCUGGAGGUUGCAGCGAUUAACCCCAGUCACCCUUUGGCCCAGAUGCCCCUCCCACCCUCUAUGAAGAACUGUAUCCAGCUGGCGGCGUGCGAAGCCAGCGAGCUGCUACCUAUGAACCCUGACCUCCCUGCUGACCUCUUCACCUCCUGCCUCACCACGCCCAUCACGAUUGCUCUCCGCUGGUUUUGCAUGCAGAAGAGUGCCAAACUGGUGCCAGGGGUGACAUUAGACCUAAUUGAGAAGAUACCAGGGCGACUCAAUGACAGACGCACCCCCCUUGGAGAACUUAACUGGAUCUUCACGGCUAUUACGGACACCAUCGCCUGGAACGUCCUGCCCAGAGAUUUGUUCCAGAAACUCUUCCGACAGGACUUGCUCGUGGCCAGUCUGUUCAGAAACUUCCUCUUAGCCGAGAGGAUAAUGCGGUCGUACAACUGCACUCCAGUGAGCAGUCCCAGGCUACCUCCCACAUACAUGCACGCCAUGUGGCAAGCCUGGGACCUGGCUGUGGACAUCUGCCUGUCUCAGCUGCCCACCAUCAUCGAGGAAGGAACCGCCUUCAGACACAGUCCCUUCUUCGCAGAGCAGCUCACGGCGUUUCAGGUUUGGCUGACGAUGGGAGUAGAAAACAGGAACCCUCCAGAACAGCUACCCAUCGUACUACAGGUGCUGUUGAGCCAGGUGCACAGGUUGCGGGCUCUGGAUCUUCUUGGGAGGUUCCUGGACCUAGGGCCGUGGGCUGUCAGUCUGGCUUUGUCCGUGGGGAUUUUCCCUUACGUACUCAAACUGCUCCAGAGCUCAGCGCGGGAGCUCCGGCCGCUGUUGGUUUUCAUCUGGGCCAAAAUCCUGGCGGUGGACAGUUCGUGUCAAGCCGAUCUGGUCAAGGAUAAUGGACACAAGUACUUCCUGUCUGUCCUGGCUGAUAAUUAUAUGCCGGCAGAGCACCGGACCAUGGCUGUCUUCAUCCUCGCUGUAAUCGUCAACAGCUACACCACAGGGCAGGAGGCCUGUCUACAGGGUAAUCUCAUCGCCAACUGCCUGGAGCAGCUGUCUGACCCCCACCCCCUGCUGCGGCAGUGGGUGGCCAUUUGUCUGGGGCGAAUCUGGCAGAACUUUGACCCGGCGAGGUGGUGCGGCGUUCGGGACAGUGCCCAUGAGAAGCUUUACACGCUGCUGUCAGACCCCAUCCCAGAGGUGAGGUGUGCGGCUGUCUUUGCCUUGGGGACAUUUGUGGGAAACUCAGCUGAGAGGACAGACCACUCCACCACCAUCGACCAUAACGUGGCCAUGAUGUUAGCCCAGCUCAUCAAUGACGGCAGCCCUGUGGUCCGCAAGGAGCUGGUGGUGGCGCUGAGUCAUCUGGUCGUCCAAUAUGAAAGUAACUUCUGCACAGUGGCUCUACAAUUUAUAGAAGAAGAGAAGAACUACACUGUGCCAUCACCAGCCAACACUGCAGAGCCUGGAAACCUGACUCCAGUGAGGGACAGCCCGGCCAUCCCACGUCUCCGAUCAGUCAACUCCUACACCAACAUCCGAGCGGCAACAACAGCACGCAACCUGAACAAGAGCCUCCAGAACCUCAAUCUGAACGAGGAGGGUGGACAAGGGGCCUUCUCACCAGGAAACAUAAGUACGAGCAGCAGUGCCAGCAGCACCCUUGGGAGCCCUGACAACGAUGAGUACAUACUGUCAUUCGAGACCAUAGACAAGAUGAGGCGGGUGUCAUCCUACUCAUCACUCAACUCCCUCAUAGGUGUGUCUUUUAACAGCGUGUACACACAGAUAUGGAGAGUUUUGUUACAUCUGGCAGCGGACCCUUUCCCUGAAGUGUCCGACCUGGCCAUGAGGGUCCUCAACAGCAUCGCAUACAAGGCCACAAUGAACGCCCGGCCACAGCGAAUCCUGGACUCCUCGAUCUCAGUCUCCGCCCCAGCGAGUCCUACCAGCAAAGGCACCCACAUCCAUCCGGCCGGUGGCUCUCCUCCCAUGCCCAGUACCAGCAGCUCCAGUCUGACCAAUGAAGUCCCCAAACCUCCGCCCAGAGAACAGCCGGCCUCCAGACCCCCCUACACCCCGACUCUGGGAGGACAGGCCCAACCGCACUCACACCAGUUCCCUCGCACACGCAAAAUGUUUGACAAGGGGCCCGAGCAGGCUACAGAAGAUGGAGAUGAACCCGGUGGACACAGGAACUACAUUUGCCCCGCUCUACAAACUGGCCUGUGUGAUUGGAGCGCCAAGUAUUUUGCUCAACCGGUCAUGAAGAUCCCAGAGGAGCACGAUCUGGAGAGCCAAGUGAGGAUGGAGCGACAGUGGAGGUUCCUGAGAAAUGCCCGAGUGAGAAGACAGAGCCGCAACAUAACUCAGAGAGGUAUUUCCCGUCUGGACGAUCAAAUAUUCAUCAACCGAAACCCUGGCGUACCGUCUGUGGUCAAGUUCCACCCCUUCAACACCUGCAUCGCCGUCGCCGACAAGGACAGCAUCUGUUUUUGGGACUGGGAGAAAGGCGAGAGGUUGGACUAUUUUUACAAUGGAAACCCUCGUUACACACGGAUCACAGCCAUGGAGUAUCUCAAUGGACACGACUGUUCACUGUUGUUAACGGCAACAGAUGAUGGAGCUUUACGGAUCUGGAAGAACUUCGCUGAUCAGAAGAACCCCGAGAUGGUGACCGCAUGGCAGGGGCUCUCAGACAUGCUGCCCACUACCAGAGGUGCAGGGAUGGUGGUGGACUGGGAGCAGGACACUGGUCUGCUCAUGACGUCCGGAGAUGUGCGAGUCAUCAGGAUUUGGGACACGGACCGUGAGAUGAAAGUCCAGGACAUCCCGACUGGAGCGGACAGCUGUGUGACCAGUCUGUCAUGUGACUCGCAGCGCUCCCUCGUCGUCGCAGGCCUCGGUGAUGGCUCUGUCCGGGUGUUUGAUCGCAGAAUGGGCCCAAAUGAAUGUCGUGUAAUGACGUAUAGAGAACAUGGCGCCUGGGUGGUCAAAGCUCACCUGCAGAAAGAGACAGACGGCCACAUAAUCAGUGUCAGUGUUAACGGUGAUGUGCGUUUCUUCGAGCCACGAAGCCCAGAUUCUGUUAAUGUGCUUCAAACUGUAAAAGGACUGACGGCUCUGGACAUCCACCCACAAGCAAACCUGUUCGCCUGUGGCUCAAUGAACCAGUUUAUUGCAGUGUACAACUCAAAUGGAGACGUGAUCAGCAACAUUAAAUACUACGACGGCUUCAUGGGACAGAGGAUUGGUGCUAUCAGUUGUUUAGCCUUCCAUCCAUACUGGCCUCACUUGGCGGUCGGCAGUAACGACUACUACAUGUCCAUCUACUCAGCAGAGAAGAGACUGGAGAGGAGAUAACACACACCAGCAUUCACUCCCUGAACAGGGCUGUGUAAUGAAUUUUAAUUGAGCAAGGGUCAUCUCUAAUCAUGAAUUAUCAGCUUGGGGAUUUCAGUCGAGGGGUCUACAGCCAGUCAGUAAAAGCAUGUGGUUUGGAGUUCAGACUUUGGACAAAGAAAUUGGACUAUAUUUUUGUUUUGUUUUCAAUGGCAAAGUUUGUCUAGUUUAUGUUCAGAUUUAUGUAAAAAGCCAUUUUUAUUUGUUUUUAAUGAGACAAAAAUAAAAUCAAAAAUUAUGAUUGAUCAAUAUGAGGAAAAAAAAACUUGUUUUGAUUUGUUUUUGGGGGGUUUUUUUGUCAUAUUGCCCAACUCAACCCCAAACUACCCCAAUGUCCCAUGACCCCAUCCUCCCAAAUUAUGACUGGAGACCUGGCUCUGAGCUCCGGGAUGUAAAUUAUAUUUUUGUACAUAUGCAAUUACUCCCAACCUGAAUGUUCAAGUGAUGGCUGCUGCAAAAUAUGAAACUUGUGCUACAAAAGACUCUCUAUACAUACUAUAUGUAAAAUGACCUUUUCAUUGUUUAUUCAUAUUCUUAUUAUGGAGCUAAUGAUUGUAGACUUGACUAUGCUGCGGGCUGUGUAUAUAUAAAUAAGCCUAUACAGAAGAUGACAGAAGACAAAGGAUUUAUUUUAAAAAGAGAGAGAGAAAGACUGUUGCAUCGCAGCUAGCAUCACUACCUUGGACUUGAAAACACCCUCCAUGCAACCUAUAAGUCGCACAUUUCUGCUGGACCUCAAAAUAUGCGUUUGACAGCCAAAAACGGAUGGAUUUAGCCUUCGCUGCACCUUCAGACUUUAAAAAGCAAAAAUGGACUGGAUUCUGUCUCGAGCAGCGCAUGUCACCCUUGUAUGAAUAUGUGUUUGUUUAAGCGCAUAUUAGCACAGUUAACUUCCUUGUUCAUUGUUGCCAGUGUGCCAAAUGUUCUUUUUUCUUGCUGAUACCAGGUCCAUGGCUUUUUGUUGUUUGUGUUUAUUUUGAGACGUACUACCUGCUGGAAACUGUAUCCCGAGGUGGUUAAGGUAGCUAGCUAAGAAAGAAAAGUGUUACGCGAACAAGAAUGGUACUUCUGCAAAGCAAUAAUCAUGCACUCUAGGACCUAGCCUCAUGCCCCACCCCUUCAUGUCAGAUAACACAGCACUUGAAUGCAAAUUUACUCUCAAAAUGUGUUUGAUUCAAGCAGCCAUAAAGCAAUACAAAAAUGACUUUCUAUUUUGAGUGCCACAUAGAAUAGUUAUUUCCAUUUUAAUAAAUAAUAAUUAUUGGUCUUUCAGUUGUAAACAAAUUAUUUAGUUAUGUAUUUUAUUUUGGUUUUAUUGUUUGGUUUUGAAUUUAUUUGAAAAUAUUUAAAGGUGUUAUCUAAUCUGGGUCAAGUCACAUUGGCUGUAAAGGUACACUAUAUAACUUUUUUGGUGGAGGGUUCACCACCUGCUUGGAAAGGACGUAUACAGUAUAUAGCAUUAAAACGUCUAUUUUGCAUAGAUCAAAUUACAUUGCUUUACAAAAAUACCUUGAACAUCCAUUGUUGCUGUGAGCGGGGCCACCUCACCACAGAUCUGACCUAUAUCUUGGCCUGGUGACGUCAACUGCAACUCCAAGGAAUUGCGUUGUCUGGAAUGUUCCACGGUAUGGCAUUAAAACAUCUAUUUAGCAUAGCUCUAGUUACAUUGAACAUUCAUUCGCAGCUAACCACAAAUCCAACCUCUAUCUUGUGGCAUUAAUUUCAUAAUAUAUAUUUAUAUUUAUUAUAUGAAAGCUAUAACAUUUUUAUGAAUACAAGCAGGUGGCAGACGAUCCUCCAAAAAGUUACAUAAUGUAUCUUUAAAAUGAAUAAGCUUGUAUGUCAGUUGAAAUGGUUGGUCACAUUACCCAGUCUGAUGUCCACUUAUACGAGCCUGCGAUUGCCUGUGUCACUCUGGUACUGCUUGUCACUAUAAUUUCCUUGUGCUUACAAAAUGACGUGCCUCUCCUUGAUCGUUUGCUUCUGUAACUUUUAAAAAAUGUUGUUCUGUUACGUAAUUUUUUGUUUUUAAUUCUGCUUUUUCUGUUGGUAGGCCAUGACUUGAAUAAGAUGGAGGCAGCAGGACAGGCAGACUUGUACAAUAAUUUAUGCUACUUCAAUGGCCAUAUCUCUUGAUUUUCCUCACAAAGUAAACAAGAAUUCACAAUUUGAAGGUUAGUCCACACUGACACUGAUCUCUCACCAAAAUCACAAAUGUCUCCAAAAAAUGAUUACUUUGAGUUAAGUUUUUGGAGAAAAGAAAGAAAAGACUUAACGUUGUGAGAGAGGAAACAUAAAAACAAUCAGGGUUGUCUGGCUGUUGGCUGCUUUGCUGAUUGUGGUUAUGAGAUGGAGAUGAAAUAAACCAAAUACCAUACUGGACACUC